GAUGGAGCCGUUGGGGUGGAUGCGCGCUGGGGUCCUUUGGCUGUUGGUGGUUCCGCUCUGUGGCUUCAGCCGGGGGUUCGGGCCGGGGGGGAGAGCGCGGCGGUUCCGGCGGGGGGCCGACUCGGAGGCGGCACAGGCAGGAUGCGACCUGCCAGACGGCGGCUUCGAUUUGGCCAAGGUGCUGGGCAACAACACCCACCAGUGUGUCUUCGAUGGUCUUAGUGGCUCAGUAUCCCUGUCCUGGAUUGGAGACAGCACUGGGGUUAUUCUUGUGUUGACCACAUUUCAGGUACCCCUAGUGAUCCUGAGUUAUGGGCAGUCUAGACUCUACCGGAGUGAGGACUAUGGAAAAACUUUCAAGGACAUCACAGACCUCAUUAACAACACAUUCAUCAGAACAGAGUUUGGAAUGGCAAUUGGACCAGAAAAUUCAGGGAAGGUCAUAUUGACAGGGGACAGAUCUGGACUGUACCAUGGGGGAAAAAUAUUCAGAUCAGAUGAUUUUGCUAAAAACUUUAUACUUACAGAGAUCCCUUUUCACCCUCUGACUCAGAUAGUUUAUCAUCCUCAGAAUUCUGAUUUCUUAUUGUCCCUCAGCACUGAGGGCAACUUAUGGAUUUCCAAGAACUUUGGUGCUAAGUGGAAAGAAAUCCACAAAAAUGUUUGCCUGGCAAAAUGGGGCUCUGGCAAUACUAUAUUCUUUACCACCUACCUGAAUGGCUCCUGUAGAGCUGAUAGUGGGUCUCUGGAACUGAAGAGGACAAAAGACUUUGGGAAGUUAUUUAAGACUAUAAGAACAAAGAUCUACUCCUUUGGCCUGGGUGGACGCUUCCUCUUUGCUUCUGUGAUGACAGGAAAGGGUAAUACAAGGCGAAUCCAUGUGUCACUGGAUGAAGGUGAAACCUGGAACAUGGCCCAGCUUCCUUCAGUUGGUCAAGAACAGUUUUACUCUAUCUUGGCAGCUAAUGAUGACAUGGUAUUCAUGCAUGUAGAUGAACCUGGAGAUACUGGACAUGGCACAAUUUAUACAUCUGACGAUCAAGGCAUCAUAUAUUCCAAGUCCCUAGAAAGACACUUCUACGCCACAACAGGAGGAGAGACGGAUUUUACCAAUGUGACCUCCUUGCGGGGCACCUUUAUCACUAGUGUGCUAUCAGAGGAUAAUUCCAUUCAGUCAGUGAUCACCUUUGAUCAAGGUGGAGAAUGGUCACCCUUGAGUAAACCUGAAAAUGCUAAAUGUGACUCAACAGCCAAAAAUAAGGACAAGUGCAGUCUUCACAUCCAUGCAGCCUACAGCAUUUCCCAGAAGCUGAAUGUGCCAAUGACACCUUUAUCUGAAACCAAUGCUGUUGGAAUUGUCAUAGCUCAUGGAAGUGUGGGGGAUGCCAUUUCAGUAAUGACCCCAGAUGUUUACAUUUCGGAUGAUGGUGGCUACACCUGGGCACGGAUGCUUGAAGGACCGCAUCACUAUGCCAUCUUGGAUUCUGGGGGCCUCAUUGUGGCCAUUGAGCACACCGUGCAACCUAUCAAUGUGAUUAAAUUCUCUACAGAUGAAGGACAGUGCUGGUAUGAAUAUGUUUUCUCUAAAGAACCUAUAUCUUUUACUGGCCUGGCUUCAGAGCCAGGAGCAAAAUCGAUGAAUGUUAGUAUCUGGGGAUUUCGGGAGAGCAUCCUGUCCCGUAGAUGGAUCUCUUAUACCAUUGACUUCAGCGAGCUCCUCAGCAGGGAAUGUGAGGAGAAGGACUAUACAACAUGGUUGGCUCACUCGAACAGUCCCAAUAACCCUUCAGAUGGCUGUGUAUUAGGGUACAAGGAAGAAUUCAGACGCCUGCGCAAGUCUUCAAUCUGUCAGAAUGGACGUGACUAUAUGGUAUCUAUGGCACCAUCUGCCUGCCCUUGCACACUAGAUGAUUUCCUCUGUGAUUUUGGUUACUUCCGCCCAGAAAAUGAGACUCACUGUGUGGAGCAGCCAGAGCUGAAAGGUCAUGACUUGGAAUUUUGUUUGUAUGGGAGACGAGAGCGGUUAAAGACCAAUGGAUAUCGGAAGAUUCCAGGAGACAAAUGUGUUGGUGGGAAGCUCCCUGACAGGCAGGAGAAUGACUUGAAAAAGAAGUGCACCAGUGACUACUUGAAUCCAAACCAGUUGGAUGCGGGGAGGAGAGAUAAUUCAACUAAAAACGGUGAACAGUCUGCCUCUUCCAGCUCUACUCCAGUCAUCCUGGCUGUCAUUGGUUUGAUGCUUAGCACUGCUGUAGCAGGAAUAGUUGUGAUUAAGAAAUAUGUUUGCGGAGGAAGGUUUCUGGUGCACCGAUACUCUGUCCUUCAGCAGCAUGCAGAAGCUAACGGCUUUGAAGGUGUUGAUACGCUAGAUGCCGGUACCCAUGCCAGCAAAACUGGUUACCAUGAUGAUUCUGAUGAGGACCUCCUGGAGUAGCAAGCAUGGGACGCACAUGGAUUUGGAUGCUGCUUCAGAAGGGCAAAAAGGUCUACAUUCUGAUGUUACUCCCAGUUUGGAUGCCUUUCCUGUGUCUAAGAGAUCCUGAAGUUCUGUCUCUUCCAUCAAACUGUUAACAACCACCAAGGCUGCCAGAACUGGAUUGGGGGGAGGGAGAAAGAUACUACAGCUCUGAGAAGCAAAGGGAAAAACUUCUUUAAAAAUGUAACAUUAUCUUAAUUGGAUUUUUCCAGCUCCUAAGGAAAAACUAAACAGGAAUGUGAAAGUGGGAUUUCGCUGAACAUUAGCAUCACUAAGUACAAUUGAAUACGCUGCCGGGAGGAGGCUCCGUAUCCUCAGAUGGGAUAUGUUCUAUCCCAUCACUCUGAUGAUAAUGCUUUGAAGUUGCUGCGGUAGGUCUAGCACUUCUCCUAGCAAGCAGGGCAAUAAGAUGCUGGGAGAAGGAACUGAGAGAGCCCAAAGGGCUGUAUGCCAAAAUGAGGCUGCUUUUAACUGUAGUGUAACAAAUUGGGUGUGCUUGUGCUGUGCAAAACAGAGUUUAUUCUGAGUUCAGUGACAACUCUGUGGCUGGGCCUUUUGAUUCCAAGGAACUAAACUGUGAAAUCAGCAUGUGUGCUAGGAUACAUUUUAAAUAAUUCUAUAUUAGGGGAAAAUAAUUUUAUAAAUUGUGGGACUAAGUGAUACACAUAUUUCAAAGUAAGACUUAAUUAUAAUGUUUUCUUUUGAAGUAACAGAAAUUGUAUUCUCUAGAUCGGGUUCCUGAAGGAAAGCUUCAUUGUGGGUGACAACAUUAUGAUAUUCAGUGUUGUUUUUCACUAUGCACCUGUUUUCUUGAAAGCAAUAGAAUAGUGGUAACAAGCUCAGCUCCACUAUGUCAUUGCAUAUGCAUUGGUACACUUAGACUUCAUUGUCCACAUAGAAUCAUACGUUUAUUUUCCAGUGAAACUCAGGUCACUGAGAAUGCUAUGAAGGCAAUAAUCAUUUGUUUGGAUUUUCCCCUGUGAGUCACUUCGGAAUUUUGUCUGAAAAGCAGGACAAACUAGUCUUCAAUUUUAUUUAAAAGUUACCUUGAAUUCUGCUUAAAAACUGGUGUGCUAAGGUUCCUGUAGGUGCUAGAAGUUUCAAAGCUGCUUGAUAAAGGAAAAUGGUGGAAAAACAAUGCUACUCAUGUGGUCUGAGGCACAGUUAGCAUUUCAGAUUGCCAUUACUAUAUAGGUACUUGGAAUCCUUGGAGGAGUGAGGAAUUGACUAAACUCAAAGACCUUCACAACAGUGUUGAGUAGUAUGUUGACCAUUUGAAGCCCUUGUUACAUGACCACCAGGCAAUGGAGAGUUGGGGAGCAAAUUCCAAGGGCCCAUUAAGUCAUGUGGUUUAUUUUUAUAAAAUUGGUGUGGGGGGAGGCUCAGGUAUAUGUGUGACUUUGUCUGGUUUUGAAUGUGUUGAUUUUAAUCUUUAAAGCUUUAAAUGGUCUGGGACUGGCAAAUCUGCAGGACUGCCUCUCCUGAUAUAUGCCUCAGAGAGUGUUGCACUCAACAAAUAACAACCCUCUCAGGAUCCCUGGCCCAAAAACUUUUUGUCUUGCCUCAACCAUAUCCAGAGCCUUUUCAGCUCUGGCCCGACCUGGUGGAACGCUCUGUCCAAUGAGCCAGGGCACUGUGGGAUCUAUCACAGUUUCAUAGGGCCUGCAAGACAGAGUCGUUUCACCAGGCCUAUGGUUGAAGGCAGCAACAGUGUUCCAACUUAGCUGACCUCUUCUCUCUUUCUUUGGUCAUUUUGGUUUAAUGGGCUUAUUGCCUCUGUCCCAGCCCUCACUGGUAUGUAUAUGGAAGGGUGCCGUAGCAUGGGAAUCCAUGUUGUUGUAUAUUGUUUUGAUUGUAUAAUUUACUGAUGUUCACUGUUCUGAGUACAUCUGAUGGGAAGAACUGUUUAUAAGUUGAAUAAAUAAUAAUAAUAAUAAUAAUAAUAAUAACAUUCUGUCCCUGGAGAAUGAACACUUAUUUAAAAUAUAAAAAACUAUCAUGUCAAUGGUCUGACUUACCCACACAGAGGAAAUUUCUAGGCUAUCUGCUUUGGUAAUACAUGUUUUAAUUAGUGGAAACCUUGCUCUGCUCUGCAUUUGCUAGCAAGAGCAGUUGUUCUAAGUGUAGCAAGUCCUUGUGAAAAAUCAUACCUUGUAAGUUGUAUUCCUCAACAGAAGGUAAGGCCUGUUAGUUCUGCUUUUAGCAAAUUGUUGCUUGUGUCAUUAUUAUUCAUGAUGUCUGUUGUGCUAAACAUGAGCUUAACCAUUUUGAGGCAUGAUAAUUUUUGUUUGGUUGUCAUUGAUGACUUCUAAUAAAUAAAGGAGAAUUUCUUAGGGACUUUUUUCCUUAGGUGCUCACUGCUAUUGAAACACCCAAGCAAUUCAAAUAUACUGCUAAAGUUGCAGGGUUUUCCAACUUUUCUCCACAGGAUUCCAAUAAUCUGUCUAAUUAGGGGCUAGUCUAGUGACUGCCUCUUGCUUGUUGCCUUAUGUAACAGCAGCCCUCCUCCCCUCAUAGGUUGAAUAUGUUGUUGUAUCUUUCCUAGCAUCGUAAGGAUGCUGCGCAAACAGGAAACAGUUACAUGGAUAUUGCCAUGCAUGAGCUUUGAAGCAUUAGCAUCCCUAUAAUGUGCCUGAAUGGCCCUGCAGAUUUUUUUUUCACAAGCCUCCAUACCACAUGCAUAAUUGCUCUAGAUUACCACAUUACAAAUAGCCUUAGUUGAUACACUCCGCUACACAAUUUCCUAAGAUGUAUAGUCUGAGGCAAGACAUGGAAGGAUAAAGUAAAAGGAGCCAUGUACAGAGUUUGUAAAUAAGCCUGGCUAUAUUAUAAAUUUGUACUGGUAUUUUUCUGUAUAUUUGCAAUAUUUGAGCUAGAAAUAAAAAUCAAAAUGGACUUUUA